CAGCAGACAACGCGCAGGCCCCAGGUGACCACUUUCUGCCGGGCCCCGCCAUCUCUUGAGGCAGUUAUUUGGGGAGCCGAAGCCGGGGCGCUGACGGGAGGGCUCCCUGCAGCCGCCCGCCGCGGUCCUCCGGGAGCCGAGUCCCGCCUGGAGCACGAGCGCCCGGAAGCGUGAGGACGCGGGUGGAAAGUUGGGGGUCGGGGCCGCGGAGCGGCGAGCCCGGCAGCAGGGCCGGUGUCCGCGUCUCAUGAAUAUGCAGGAGCCACCUCCCUCCCUCCGUGACGUCACGGGCCGUCCCGGGGUGAGCGCUGGAGCCGCUCCGGGUCCGCGCCAGUGAGCGCGGCUGCCGGCGGCGAGCGAGCGGCGCGGCAGCGGGCAGCGGAGGCCGAGCGCGGCGGCGCCCGAAGCGCAACCAGCAGGCAAAGCGAGGCGGCCGCGGCCCGGCGGGCACCAGCAGACGAGAGCCGGCGCGGGCAGCAGGCGGCAGCGGCAGCUUGUUGGCGGCGGCGGCGAGGAUGCGGACCGGGAGGCUGUGCUGGGUGCCGCUCCUGCUGGCGCUGGGUGUGGGGAGCGGCAGCGGCGGCGGCGGCGGGGGCAGCCGGCGGCGCCGCCUCCUCGCGGCUAAAGUCAACAAGCACAAACCAUGGAUUGAGACUUCAUAUCACGGAGUCAUAACUGAGAACAAUGACACAGUCAUUUUGGACCCACCACUUGUCGCCCUGGAUAAAGACGCACCAGUUCCUUUUGCAGGGGAAAUUUGUGCCUUCAAGAUCCAUGGCCAGGAGCUGCCCUUCGAGGCCGUGGUGCUCAACAAGACGUCAGGAGAGGGCCGGCUGCGUGCCAAGAGCCCCAUCGACUGCGAGCUGCAGAAAGAGUACACGUUCAUUAUCCAGGCCUAUGACUGUGGCGCUGGGCCCCGGGAGACGGCCUGGAAGAAGUCUCACAAGGCUGUGGUCCACAUCCAGGUGAAGGACAUCAAUGAGUUUGCUCCCACCUUCAAAGAGCCAGCCUACAGGGCAGUUGUGACGGAGGGGAAGAUCUACGACAGCAUCCUGCAGGUGGAGGCCGUUGACGAGGACUGCUCCCCCCAAUAUAGCCAGAUUUGCAACUAUGAAAUCGUCACAACUGACGUGCCUUUUGCCAUCGACAGAAAUGGCAACAUCAGAAAUACUGAGAAGCUGAGCUACGACAAGCAACACCAGUAUGAGAUCCUGGUGACCGCCUACGACUGUGGACAGAAACCCGCUGCUCAGGACACGCUGGUGCAGGUGGACGUGAAGCCAGUUUGCAAGCCUGGCUGGCAAGACUGGACCAAGAGGAUUGAGUAUCAGCCCGGCUCAGGGAGCGUGCCGCUUUUCCCCAGCAUCCACCUGGAGACUUGCGACGGCGCUGUGUCCUCCAUCCAGAUCACCACAGAGCUGCAGACCAAUUAUAUCGGGAAGGGCUGCGACCGGGAGACCUACUCUGAGAGAUCCCUUCAGAAAUUAUGUGGAGCCUCGUCUGGCAUCAUCGACCUCUUGCCGUCCCCCAGUGCUGCCACAAACUGGACAGCAGGACUGCUAGUAGACAGCAGCGAGAUGAUCUUCAAGUUUGAUGGCAGACAAGGGGCCAAGAUCCCUGAUGGGAUUGUGCCCAAGAACCUGACAGACCAGUUCACCAUCACCAUGUGGAUGAAACAUGGCCCCAGCCCUGGUGUGAGAGCCGAGAAGGAAACCAUCCUCUGCAACUCAGAUAAGACUGAAAUGAACCGGCAUCACUACGCCCUAUAUGUGCACAACUGCCGCCUCGUCUUCCUCCUGCGCAAGGACUUUGACCAGGCUGACACCUUCCGCCCGGCAGAGUUCCACUGGAAGCUGGACCAGAUAUGUGAUAAAGAAUGGCAUUACUACGUCAUCAAUGUGGAGUUUCCCAUAGUUACCUUGUACAUGGAUGGAGCAACAUAUGAACCCUAUCUGGUGACCAACGAUUGGCCCAUUCAUCCAUCUCACAUAGCCAUGCAACUUACAGUCGGCGCUUGUUGGCAAGGAGGAGAAGUCACCAAACCUCGCUUUGCUCAAUUCUUUCACGGAAGCCUGGCCAGUCUCACUAUCCGCCCUGGCAAAAUGGAGAGUCAGAAGGUGAUCUCCUGCCUGCAGGCCUGCAAGGAAGGACUGGAUAUUAAUUCCCUGGAAAGCCUCGGCCAAGGAAUAAAGUACCACUUCAACCCCUCGCAGUCCGUCCUGGUGAUGGAAGGUGACGACAUUGGGAACAUCAAUCGUGCGCUCCAGAAGGUGUCCUACAUCAACUCCAGGCAGUUCCCGACGGCGGGUGUGCGGCAUCUGAGAGUCUCCUCCAAAGUCCAGUGCUUUGGAGAAGAUGUGUGCAUCAGUGUCCCUGACGUGGAUGCCUUUGUGAUGGUGCUGCAGGCCAUUGAGCCCCAGAUCAGCCUCCGGGGCACAGACCGCCUCUGGAGACCCGCCGCCCAGUUUGAAAGUGCCCGAGGGGUGACCCUCUUCCCUGACCUCAAGAUCGUGAGCACCUUCGCCAAAGCCGAAGCCCCGGGUGACCUGAGGACCACAGCCCCCAAAUCAGCAGUCUUAGAAGAAAUGCUUCACAACUUAGAUUUCUGUGACAUUUUGGUACUUGGAGGGGACCUGGACCCAAGACAGGAGUGCUUAGAACUCAACCACAGUGAGCUCCAUCAGCGACACCUGGAUGCCACCAAUUCCACAGCAGGCUACUCUAUCUAUGGUGUGGGCUCCAUGAAUCGCUAUGAGCAGGUGUUGCAUCACAUCCGCUACCGUAACUGGCAUCCAAGUUCCCUUGAGGCCCGGCGGUUCAGAGUCAAGUGCUCAGAACUCAAUGGACGUUAUGCUAGCAAUGAGUUCAACCUGGAGGUCAGCGUCCUCCAUGAGGCCAGAGUCUCAGACAAGGAGCACGUCAACCACCUUAUUGUGCAGCCUCCCUUCCUGCAGUCUGUCCACCACCCUGAGUCCCAGAACAGCAUCCAGCGAAGUUCAGUGGUCCCAAGCAUCGCCACAGUGGUCAUCAUCAUUUCUGUGUGCAUGCUGGUGUUUGUCGUGGCCAUGGGCGUGUACCGGGUCCGGAUUGCCCACCAGCACUUCACCCAGGAGACGGAGGCUGCCAAGGAAGCGGAGAUGGACUGGGACGACUCUGCGCUCACGAUCACAGUCAACCCCAUGGAGAAACAUGAAGAACGAGGGCGUGGAGAAGAGACUGAGGAGGAGGAGGAGGAGGAAGUAGAGGAAGACGUGAGCUCCAGCAGCAGUGAGUCAGAGGACAGCGAAGACGAAGAGGAGGAGGAAGGGAUAGGCAAGGGCAGACAUGGGCAGAGCGGAGCCAGGCACACCCAGCUGGAGUGGGACGACUCGGCCCUGCCCUACUAGCAUCCUGCUGCCUAUGCCCACCCACACGUCUCUUUUGUAAGCCCCACCCGAUGUACGCCCAAGUCUAUCACAUGUCGCCUCUGAUUCCUAUGACAGGUCUGGGCAGGCCUCCCCCAGCGUCCUGGAAGCCACCCGUUAGGCCUUGGAUACUCCCUGGGUCCCAGCCUUGCAAAGGGUCCAGACUCCCAGGGUUGUCAUUAGUGGGGACUUCCAGGGGGACUUUGUCCUGUAGCCCCCCACAUCUGCCCUGGGCUCAGCCAGCAUCCUGUCAGCCAGUCUGCAGAGUUCUGCCUGUGCUCUUCUCUGCAGGGGAGAAAGUCAGCCUUUAUGUCGCUCACCUCCCCCGACUCCCUGUGCCCAGGGCCCUUGGGUUCCAGCUCGCUGUGUGUGCACCUGCCCCUGUCUCCUCUUCCACAUAGACCAGCAGUUUCUCCUUACCUGACUCUUCAAGAUGGCUUCACACAGGCAAGAUGGUCAGAUAACACACACAAGAGGUCUCCGUUCUUACAGGAAAGUCCUUGUUGAGGCAGAAUUAAUGUAGAGGGAAAGGGUCAUGCACAUGCAUGCACCCAUUCACUCUCCCUUUCCUUUUGUCCUUUCUGUGGUCACAUAAGCUUAGAUGAAAAGUCCAAAACCAAGAAGAGGUCCUUGGCCACAGCAGGGACUGGUCCCCAGCCAGAGCGCUCUGGCAGCCUGCCUUGGCUGCCCUGCUGGGGGCUGCCCCCACACGGUAUCACAGGAACCAGGAAGCACUCCACAGAGGCAUUGCCCCAGGCGACAGCAUGACAAGCAUGACCCAGGGACCAGAAGGAAGGGCUGAUAUGAGGAGCAGCUGAGCAUCAUGGUGGGCACAGAACUGGGGGAUGGUGUGGUGUGGUCACCCCACCCAGAAGGCAGCCGGUGGUUGACAAAGCUCGCAGCAUCUAGCCUUAGGGUCCCUCGUCACCUGUUUUCAUGCUGUUUUGCCUCCUGAGAAAAUGCAUCCCUCUCAGAUGUAUCUGGACUGUCAUCAACUGCGCCGAAAUCUAAAAUGAAAGUUUGGAGAUUUGAAUGCUAGGAAUUAGGAGCAUAUCUGUGAUAGUAACAGCUGCUUCUUUAUCCUUCUCAUAAAAGGAGCAACACUUUGGGUGAAGGGCAAAUAUAUCCGAAAACCUAAUUUCUUUCUUUCUUGUUUUAAUAAGAAAAUCUUUUCCACCUCCAUCCUAACAUGGACACAUCAAGAGGAGAACUGUUGCUAUAGUAACUCGUCUGUGCUCUUUUGUGACCAGGAGAAUAGCAGGCAAAAACAGGGCCAUUCUAAGACUUCCGCAAGGCUCUGAGACUGUUUUGAAUGUCUCUGGCUUUGUCCUCAGUCUGUACAAUCUGCCCCUGUCCUCUCACCCCCCCCCCCCAGCCCAGCCCCUAUUGGCAGAGGCACAGAGCCUGGCCCUUAGACACAGUGGCAUUCAGGUUCAAAAGAAAGUUGAGAAUUCAACUAUUCCCCCAUGUCACUGAAACAGAGCUUAAGGGGGUCCAUCAUCAGUGUCCUCUAGUUUGACCUCCAUCCAUGACCAGCCCCUGCAACCUUCUGAUUCAAGCAAACUAACCUGAUGCAGUUUUUUUCCACCACUGAAAGUGGUUUUUGCAUAUCUAUUCCCUCCUUUCAGCCUCACCACAAUUCCACUGGGGAGUUGAGACAACUACUGUCAGGCACAUUUUCGGGUUCAGAGCUUCAGCACCUUGCUCAGAGCCAUUCAGAGUUAGAGACAAGACCAGACUCCCCACCUUCCACUCUUGGUCCAGUGUCCACCACCCCGCUUCUACGUAUACUCCUAUUUAUAUGGCUCACAGGCAUUGCUGAGGACCUACUAUGUGCUAAGCACUCAACCAGCAGCCCUAUGAAAUGCUAAAGCUGAGUAAGAUGAGCACCUCCCCUCCAAGGAGAUAAUCAUUGCAGAGGGGGAACCAACAGGCAUAGAAAUUAAAUGAAACAGACACAGAGCAGGGAGAGAAGUCAUAGGAGGAAGAGGCACACAAUCACAAAAUCAGUGCUCUUAUUUUUCCCUUCUCAGGGAAAAAUGCAGGCAGAAGUUUGGGAUUUUAUAUUCAUUGACUGGAAAUAGACACUUCAGUGAGUUUUCCCAACCAAAACACCCUUUUUGUAUCAGGCUGUGUCUGCACAUCUACAAUGAGAAAAUCUCUAACACUGCUUAGUCCCCAUCAUUCCUGUCAUUAAAUUAAAAAAAAAGAUUCUCCAGUUGGGCACUUAGGAACUAACAAAAUUCUCCCAAAAUUAUGGCAGUAAAAGCAAAUUUAUGGUUUAAAACCAAUUUUUUGUUGUUAUUCUUAAGAUUAUUUUUAAUGUUUCGAGUUUUUAAAUUCUCUAAACAUAGAGUUUAUUAGUUUCAGGGGUAGAAUUCAGUGAUUCAUCGCUUACAUACAAUAUCCGCUGCUCAUCACAACCAAUUCUUUUUCAACUGAAUUUCUAUUUAAAAUAUUCUGAUUUUCAUGAGAGCACCUUGCAGAGUCCUUUUGGUUUGGUUGUGGGUGGGAAGGGUUUCUUCAUGCCCCCUGGCUAUCUCCAGUGGUUGCAUCACUUACACAUGGUUGAGCGGGUUAUUUGGAGCAUAAUUUGGGAGAUCAGAUGAAAGUGGCACUUGGCUAAGGACACAGGGUUGAAUUGUUUAUGACUAGAUUGAUGUAGAGAAACAACAGGAACAAGAAGUGUGGACCCUCUCCAUCAACUCCUGUUGUGCAAAGUCAGACUGCACGUCAGCUCCAAAGAUGAGGCAUAAUAAUACUGCUGGGUCAAUGGGCAUUUAUCAUGUCCCCAGUGCCCUACUCAACCAGAAGGAGUGAUUAUAUAAAAGUAGCAGAAGCUUCAGGGACUAUUCAGGUGAGUGGUGAGUAAAGUAACUUGCCCUCCACCAGUUAUUCUAAUAACUAGCGAAAAAUGUCAUUUAUCAGCCAAGCAUUUUCCAGGCUCCAUAUGCUGGUGUCCAGGAACCAGAACUCCCAGAUGGCCCAGACACCAUGCAGCCUCUCAUCCAGACAUCAGAAGCAGCAGAUGCAUGCUUCUACCCUAGAGGAACAGCUGACCAGGUUGGCCACAGGCCAGACCAUUUCUUAUCUUGCCAAGAGGAUGACCAGAACCUGCUCUCUGGAGCUGGAAAAUAGGCUGAAACCUCUUAAGCAAUUCAGGUGACAGGGAGGAAGAGGAGGUUGAAAUGGAGAAGGCCAGUACAGAAUGAGCUGCUCAAUGGAAUAAACCAGUUGGUCACCUGUCUUAACACCAAAAGCAUAUUCUAGUAGGUUAAUCAAAUGCUUUAAAUCUGAUCAAGGCCAAAUCUCUGUAGAUAACAAAAAUGUGAUUUGAGUGGAAUCUUAUUUCAUCACCACUUUCUUGAAUGUUCUCAAUCAUCCUAUCAGGCAGGGUUUAGACCACGCAUCUCUGCAGGUAGCAAGAGCUGUACCUUGUGGACACAGACCCUCCAGGGAGAGGUCUCCUGGCGGGAAGCAAUAUCCUCUAUGCCUAUACAUACAGCAGAUGUCAGCAAACUUUAUCUAUAAAGAGCCAAAUAGUAAAUAUUUUGGGUUUUGCAGGCCAUAUGGUCUCCAUUGCAAGUAUUCAACUCUGCCACUGUAGCAUGAAACAAGCCACAGAUAAUACAUAAAUGAAUGGAUAUGGCUAUGUUCCAAAAAAAAUUAUUUAUGAAUACUGAAAAAGCAGAAAAUCUGAAUCCAUAUUACUUUCACACAUCAUGAAAUUUUCUUUUGAUUUUUACUUUUGACCAUUUAAAAAUUGAAAAACUCUUCUGAGCCCAUGGGUCAUACAAAACCCUGCAGCCUGCCAGAUUUGACCUGUGGGUCACCUCUACCAUACGUUCAAGGAAAGCAGUCUUUCCAUUCACCAAAGGGAAGUAGAUUGCUUACACCCUUCCUUCAACUACCCAGGGGUUCUUGGCCUCCAAAAUGAACAACAAACAACUCCAUAGCCCUUAAUUAAGCUCUCUUAAAUGUCCAUGUUCCAGUGAGAAAAUGACAACAAAAAACACCUGUUAACUGGUCAAAUUGACUUGAACACAGGCAAGCAUUUAUCGAGAACACCAAGCCCUGGGUACAGGAGCUGACUGACCACUCAGCACUAACCCCCUUGAGCUCAGGGCCAACUCCCAGGCACAGUGCCUUCCCAGCAUGACUCAGCCCUAAUGAUUUCUAAGCAGGGGUGUUCAUUAUCUUGGACUGAUUUCCGUUUCAGUCCUGCUCAUGCCAUUGCUCUAAAAAUGAUCCUAAAGACUUUUGACUGUUUGAAUCAAUAGCAACAUAAUCAGUAGAAAGCCCUACCCAGCACAUUUCAAAAUUAGCAGUCUUUGUGGCUCUAUGAUUCAAUAUUAGCACGAGGAAGAAAAGAGGACUUUUUCUUAACCAUCCUUUCAAUGAAAUUAACCAAAUCAGUUUCAAGAAAAAAAGUGAAGGAGUGGGUUUAAUUCUUUGAAAGAAUUUACCAGUGAAAAGUAGAUGAUUUUCAAGUAAGCUCAUUCUCAAGCCUUUGGGGGAUCCCCAAAGGCCCUGCAAAAUACUCUGGAGGGCUAUGGAUGGUACAGGAUCCUCUAUCUGCAUCAGACUUUUAUUGAGGCUGACAAGCCAAAGCCCUUGGCACAAUUUAAUUUUCAUGUAAUCAUUUUCCGCUGCCCAGCUGUAGGCAAAGGAAAUGAGCAGUGAAAGUUUUGAAGUCUACUCCAGCACCUUCAUUGCCCUGCCUUUAUUUAUUUUAUUUUAUACAUUUAUUCUGUACCUACUUUAUAAAUCUUGCUCUAGUUUUCUUUCUGGCACCAACUAAAAAGGAGAGUUGGCUUAACAAGGGCUAUGGACUAGAAGUCAAACUUGACUCCAUCCCAAGACGACACAAAGAGACACAAGAAGGUACCUCUCCCAGCACCCCAUAAAGCAAUCAAACAUUCCCUGGAUGCCAUCAGUGAACAGAUGGGAUUCUGUGUUUGCAGCUAUGUUCAAUGUAAUUCAGCAAAUCCUUGCUAAGUGCCCAUGGUGUGCCAGGCCCUGUGCCAGAAACAGGGGGAUGGUGGAUGGAUGAGGUGUGGCCCUGCCCAGACAGGUCUCCCAGUCUCAUGAGCUAUUGGCAUGCUUCCUUUAUGGUGUUGGAGGCUGUCUGACAGCAGUUGGGACUGGUGCAGACAGAAAUUUGGACUUCGGGGAGGGAGCUAACUUGCUUUGGCAGUUCUCCUCCCUAAAUUAGAAGGCCAGUGUGAUUCUAGGAGCCCUCACACACAUUGCCAAGGCCAACGGAGGAGAGCUCUAGGCAAGCAGGCAAUGCUUUCCCUACAUGUUUCUAAUUCUGCCCCAGCCUGACCCAGAUCACUUAUGGAUGAAAGCCAGUCACCCCGCUUACAAGGUGAGUAUCACAUGGCUGAGAUUCGGUGAAAUUAGACAAAAGAAAGUUCUUCAAUAUGAAUUCCAGGCAGUCAGACCUAGAAAGUAAGCCAGGUACAGGGGCUGGUAUAUGCCAAGUUCCAAAGACAUGAAAAGCCUGAUGUGAAGAACACCCCUGAGGCCUGAAGUCAGAGCGGAGGAGGGAAGAAGGGCCUGACUUUGGAGGACCUGCUAAGGGGUCACGGGACACUGUAGAUCAGAGGCUCUCAAGAUAUAUCCCUGGACCAGAGCAGCACCUGGGGAUGAGUAAGAAAGGCCAAUUCUUGGGAUCCACCCAAGAGCUACUACAUCAGAAACCAGGGGUGGGCACAGCAGUGUACGUUUUAAGGCUCUCUGAUCCUGAUGCACUCUAAAGUUUAAAAACCACUGGUGUACAGGGUGAGGAUGACUUUCACUGGCUCGGGAAGGAGAUGAUUAAUAGAAUAAGAGAGUCAAUUACUAAUGUAGAAGAGGGGGGUGAAAGCAGAGCUCCCCACGAACAUUCCAGGGCCCUCCAGACUCUAGUCCAUAUUCCCUGAAGUAGUAAUUUCAAGAAACCUUGGGCCUAAUACCAACUCCAUUCCUCCCCGGGGGCAGGAGUUACCUCCUGCUCAUUUGGCCUCUUUCAAGAUUAAGAGAAGGCUGUGGUGAGGCUACCCAUCCCUAGGGAGGCAGCCUUCCAGAUUCUCAUUGAUAAGGAGACUCCUGUAGGGUCAUAUUUCCGGGGAAAUGAUUAAACUGUAGCAGUGUCCCUACAUCAGCAGGAGAACAGGUCCCCAUACAGCAUCUAUGCUGUGGAGCUGCCAGGGCCCCCAGAAAGUGGAGUGGGGUCAUCUAAGGACAUUGCCAGCUUUACUGCAGGGCUGCUCCAUCUGUAAUACAACGGGGUCAUGCAGCGUCACAAUCCCAAUACAAAAUUGGAUACAGAAUGAAUGGUUUUUCUUGGAAGGGCAGGAGCUCAUUCUGUAUGUUACUGAAAGUAGAAAAAAAAAAAAAAAAAAAACCCAAAACAAACCUGCAGCAUUCUCCACAGGCAGAAUCUAUGUUGGCCUUCGAACCUCUAGGACCUGCACACGUACCAAUCCCACCAGUUCCCUUCUCCCCUACCUCCCAGAGGCCUGGGGUCUGCCAAUUACUGACUUAGAUUUUUGAUUCAUGGCUUAAGCUCUGCAAAAGUCUACAACCUUUUGGGAGAAACUCCCUGGCAUUCUAUCAGUCACUUACACCUACGUCUGGUAUAGAAUCUGUCCUCACAUAAAGGUUGCUGGGAGUCAGAGAACGGGGGCACUGGGCCUUGGGCUGGAAGGACGAGGUGGAGUGGGCUGGAAGGGAACCCAGACACAUGGCCUUAGAGAGCUCGUGCCUGCUGUUCAGUUCCUAAGAACCCAGUUCCCUCUUGAUUAGGGGCAUAUUCCUGGUCCUACGUCCCCUGUCCUUGCUGAGUUCUCCCCCAAAUGCCCUAAAAGAUACCUCCAUGUCUCCAGCCCAGUUUAUGGAAAGAUCUUCUGAUUAAAUGCCCAACCAAUCCCCUGAGAGCACAGUAACCAUAUCAAGAACAAUCAUCUCUAACACAUUAGAUUAUGCUAAAAAAGAAAUCAGUAGAGUUUGUCAGUUGUUUGUGAGAUGUGUGGGAGAGAGCAGACCCCAGAGGGGAGAGGAAAGUUCCUUCCUGUUCAUGUCCCUUAGGUCCAGAAGAACCUUCUUUACAGCCUGGCCUCUCUUUGCAAAUUCUCUGAUGCAACAUCUCUCUCCCAAGACCUUAAGACAAUUUUGUUUUGCUAAAGUUAAGUCACUUAUUACAAAGUCCCUCAUGGGACAAAAGGAUGAGGAAUGGGAUGGCAGGAUGUGAGUGGAGAGGCCUUGGGUAGUUCUGGGAGCAGGAUGGGCUCUGUUCUCAUUGGCAAGUUUAGAUCUGUGUUCAGUGAGAGAUUGGUCAGGAGCUCCAAUCUAGCCAGGACACCAGGCCAAGAGAGAAUGUAUGAGGGGCAUUUACUGGGAAGACUAGACAGAGGUGUGUCACUGUGCAGGCCAUACCAGCCACUUGCAUUUGUCAGAAACAGGGGAGAACAGUGUCUCAACAUCAGCUGGUCCCUCCCAUUCUGAGCAGCAGAGCGGAGCUGCUGCCACUGGACUGUGGAGGUGUUACAUCUCCAGAGUCUGAGACCCACUCCGUGAGAACUGUCUGUGGAAUGAGCCAGAACCACAGUGCUCAGGCCCCCACUGGGGACCCUGACCAGGCCCCAGAAAACAUGGCUGUGUGAGGCUAUAUGGCCCUCUGCUCCUGCCACAUCUGCUGUCACAGGCUCCUUCGUCAAGGCAAGAAGAGUCACUUGCCUAUCCCAGCACUGUGGGUGCUUAGCACAGCACCUGGCCCACAGCAUGGGCUUGAUGAAUGGUCAAUUAAACAGAAUACCAGAGAUCACCUGACCUCAGCAAAUAGAUAGGAUGUGAAAAAUUAAGAUGCUUCAAUAGAAAAAGACUUCACCAUCUUUUCUCUUAAUAUAUAGGUUGUGAUCCUUCAUAAAAUCAGAGAAAGGAGUGGAAGUACAUAGACGGGGAGAAAAAGAACAGGAAUGGGUUGAUGGAGAACAGCCCCUUCCUAUCUAGAACCAAUAAAAGGUGCCCCUAAGCACAGAGCAGUUGGAGGGGCCUUGAGAAGCCCACUUGCUCCAUCCUCUAGGUCCUGGGCAGCAUCCUGACUGAGAAGGGGUCCUGAUCUGUUAAGGACCAUACUCCUGUGCUGCUCUGCAGCCCCUUUUAACAGAUUUUCUGUAGAGACCUGUCAAGGUGAAGCUCGACCCCCAACAGACAAA